AAGGAUUGCCUAAAAAUAUGGGAAUCGUUAAAGCAUGCAUUCAUUUACAAGAAUCCCUGUAAUAUUACAUCAGAAGAUUACCAGCCUUUAAUGGAGCUAGGGAGUCAUCCCAUACCCUGUAACCAGUCAUUGCUUUGGAGCAAGACAAAUGACCUUGUUCAUCGUUAUACAAAAUCCAAUCAAAAUUUCCUUACCUUGGAGGACACCUUGUUGGGUUAUAUGGCUGAUAGGGUUUCAUGGUGUGGAGACCCCUCUGCCCCAGGAAUCAACUAUGAAUCUUGUCCAAAACGAAGUGAAUGUGAGAGCAACCCUAGCUCUGUAUUCUGGAAAAUGGCAUCCAAGAUGUUUGCAGAAGCAGCAUGUGGUGUGGUUCAAGUGAUGCUCAAUGGAUCGGUAGAAGCUGGAGCUUUCAGAAGCAGCAGCAUUUUCGGAAGUAUUGAGAUCUUUAACCUAAAUCCAGAGAAGGUCUCUGAAGUACACAUUUGGCUUAUGCAUGACAUCGGUGGACUUCAAAGUGAAUCCUGCUCAGGUCAUUCCAUAAAGAAGUUGAAAAGCAUCUUAGAAGAGCGAAACUUUACAAUCACUUGUGAAGAUAAUUACAGGCCAGUUCAGCUCCUUCAGUGUGUGCACAACCCUGACCACACAGACUGCAGGCUCUGCACCAACACCACCACAGCUCCAUGAAAUGGAGUGCUCCGCACUACUGAAG